AAACCGCUAUAUGAGAAUUCAUUUGCCUUGAGCACACAAAAUUACUCUCCUCUUUCUCUCUCUCUUCCCCUCUUUAUCUAAAAAAAUAUUUAUAUUUAUAUAUAUAUAUCUCCAUAAUUAUUUAAUUUAAAUUAAUUUCGUCUCAAUCAACCGAUCAUCCACAAGCAAAAGGUUUUAUUCGCACAGUAUACCAUACAGCCACAGAGUUAAAGACGUUGCAAAGACCUGAAGGCAUAAUACUUCUCCCUUGUGGCUAAGCAGAUUUGAGUGAGACUCCUGUUCACGCUAGGGAGGCUGGCGGCUUAUUAUUGUCAGAUGAAGGAUAUUGCCCUAGAUUCAUAAGAAUGGGUUUCCUGGGCUAAAUAGUUCAUACUAGGGCUUUGUCAGAGUUGAUGUGAGCUUAAUAUUGGGCAUGAUGAUCAAAUGUCAUUUCCAUUGGCAUUUCUUAUUUUGACACGACAUAAGUUGAUGUGAGGGCUUGGGAUGAGGACAGAUUACAAGUACAGCUUUUGCUCCAGCAUCUUCCUGUUCUUCCUUUCCUGUUUCAAUCUGACUCCGGAUUUCUUAUUACCGUCUCAGAAAUUAGGAUAGGUCAUGAUUAUAUUUCUGAUUCUUUCUCAUCUUUCUCACUGAAAAAUAAUCUGGGAGCUCGUGCAGGGUAUAUAUGGUGGAUAGCUAGCUAACUUUGCUAAUGUAUAGAACCUCAAUCACACAUGAUGUUGCAAGCAAUUUUUUGGUCAAUCUGGCAGGUUAUGAAGAGAUCUUGUUCUGAUGGUGUUCCUAUCAAGAUUGAUUAGACUGAGCUGCUGUUCUUGCAGUCUCUUACCCUUCAACCUUUGAGCAUGAAGAGCUCAUAGGAAAUAGGUUCUGCUAUUGUUGCAGAAUUAAUGACCUUUCGAUGUGAAAAUCAGUUGUACAAUUAAAGAUGCUUCUCUGGUGGGGCGUGGAGUUGUUGAAAACCUGAAGUUCAUUUUACAUGCUGCCACUUAUUGGUGGGGGGUGAGGAGGUGUUGGAGAACUGUUCUUUUUACAGACUGCCACUAACUGUGGGGUGAUCAUUUCUGGAGAACCUGAAGUUCAUUCUACAGGCUGCAACUAACUUUCUGAUUAGUUGUUGGACUCCUUUGCACUUUGACAAUUGCUGGUCGUAUGGGGCUACUUUCUCUUGGAAAAACUCUUUUGCUUAUGCCAUUUUUGAUUGAUGAUAGAAGAUGAGGUUCUUGCUGACCAUGGUGCUUCCAAAGCACAUUUUUGACUGGAAUUUGUGUUACUUCCUUUGGAACGGUGGAUCUGUUAAUAGAGAUAUGGGGGCGAAUGUGCACCAUCUUGAUCUGCUGCUUGUCUGUGCACACUUUGAAUUGUUUGCUGGUGAAUAGAACUGAAUGGUGCAUAGUUUGAGUGUGUUCUGAUCUAACGGGUUGCAACUUUAUUACAAUAUCCCUCCUAAGUUUCAGAGUAGUGGCACUGAGCCGAUACUGUAGUGCUCACUAGAUGCGACCCAUCCCGAUUCAAUUGUAUGCUGGUAAUUCCUUUAAUUGAGCCUGUUGUGUUAGUGAUCUCGUGUUUCUUUGGAGGCUUAGGUUGUAGUCUUUCUCUAUUGGUGGCUUAGUACGAAAUAGUGUGUGAGAGAGCAAUCCUGAUUAAUAGAUUUUCUGAAUGGCAUCACUAUACAGAGCUGGGGUCCUAUGGAAGGUACAUUUUUGUAGUUGUCCCACUAGGAUGUAGCACAGUGAUGCUAGUAUAUUGCUAAGCGUGCUGCACCUCUUUAGAACACUUAAUCAUUAUGUUGCUUGUUCUACCCAAUAUUGGAAGACAAUAUCACAGUUGGUUGAGAUGAAUGAGAGAACAUGCGUAUUUUACCAGUUAGCUUAGCCUCUGUAGUUAUGGUUGAGCUCCCAUAGAUUUAAAAAAACUCUCUAACUGGUAGCACUCUGUAGCUCCUUGGGGCUCAUUGAUACCCAUCACAAUUCAUCUUUUUGUACUACCCACAUUAUUCAUGAGAUGGUGCCUCUUAUAUUUCACGUUGCAAAUAGAUGCAAUGAUGGAAGCUUUUACAGCCAUUUCACAGUGUUUGCUUCUACUCACUAUUUUGUACUCCCGACACUUUGUUCUAAACUCAGUCAAGCACAAAGCAUAUCUGGUACUGUUAAGAUAUUUAUUUCUUUACUUUCUCCCUCUGACAAUAUUAGUCUUACAUACCAUCACUAUCCAUUUGAUUUCUCUCUUUCUUCCAAGUCAACUUGUUUUGUUGCAUCUCAUACAAAUAUCGCAGUAGCAUCUUUCUAAACUCUCGUAUGUUCUUUUACACUGGUACAUCUCAUAAAAACAAUGUGCUUCCAUAGGAACUCUUAUACUCCUCCCCCACCCCUCACUUCACCCUACAUUUGUCUGACUUCUGAAUGUUGAAAGAGUCAUUAUCAGAAAGAUUGAUGGACACAAAUUAUAGUGGCUUCUUCUUAAUGGAACAUGUUUCAGUGAGACUGCCAUGGGAUGAGGGAAACCAAAUUGGCCAUGUUAUUUGGUGGUAUGGCUCGUCAAAGUUGCUCUGGAAAAGAGAUGAGAAAAUUCAGCUGGUUAGAAUAAUACCACCUUACCAAAUAUUGAGCCAACCAUCGUGUAUAGUUUCGGUUCCUAUAAGAGAUUCCUUCGAACUUGAUGAAAUCCUCUCUUUUCAUGGUCUUUUCUAUUAACUUGUUUUAUAAGAGUGAGCUGUUGCCUCUUUGAUGACCAUCCAAGGUGUAUGCGUUUAUAAAUUGUAUUGAUCAGUUCCCUCCAUAUAGGCACUCUUUCAUCUAUUCCUAUCUUCCAUAACCAUCCCAAAAGGUUAGUUGAACACAGUUAUUCCCAGAUACUAAGGCUUCUAUUCCUACCGAGGUUCUCUUCUGUCCGUAUAGGGGCUCUGUCUCUCUCCAACUCUCUCAACUCACCAGGACUCUCUUGAACUGUAGUAGCCCAAGCUCUCCCUCCUUGAAUUUGCCUCCGUCGGGGAAGAUCCAGGCAGUUUUGUAGGGUUUCUUUUUGUGGAGAGAUAAAUUUGUUGCCAGCAUUCACGUAUAAUGGGGCACAGGAAUUCAUUCAACAUGUCGCAGAUAUUUGAGACAGAAGACGAUCAAAGAUGGAAUCUUCAAGAGCAGGCACCUUUGCCUUUCGCAAGGGCUGGUGUUCCAGAAAGCACUAAUCUUGUUUAUCCAGUGGACAGUAUGUCAAUUGACGGGGCACAGCAUUCUGCUCAGGGCCAUUCCUCCAGGCCAAGUGGAUAUUCUUCCUCAAAUCCAAAUAUGGAAAUUCCACACUGUCAGCCGCAGGUUCAAGGUCCUCUUCAUGAUCCUUUUCUGCAUUCAGGUUCUGGAGGCUUUCAUAUGAUCCAUGAGAGUUAUCCACAUCAAGCGUCUUCAUCAACUCAUGGCGGCCAGACAUAUCAUGGGGUGGAUGGUGGCCUUGUUGACCUCACAAUGGGUAGUGGGAGAGGGCCGUACAAACGAAAGAGUCCUGGUAUACCUGGAGGUGGCGAAAGUGGUAGUAGUACAAGCAGAUACUUUGAUGCUGGCAGUUCAUCUGAUCUCCCUUCUGACUCAUGGCAUGAGAAACAAAAUCCAGACUCCCAUUACACAACUUGGGGUUUACAUCCUAGUUACAGAGGUAAUAGUCUGUCUAUUGGAGGUGAAGGUUCUCAGAGGAAUGUAAGGAGCAGAGCUGCAUUUGAUCUGCAAAAUAAUGUAGGAAGGGCUCAUAUAACAAGUACUCCUUCACAUCACUCUAACAGCAGUAGAACUUCCACUGAUUAUUGUAGUUCAGUGAAUUAUCUAGCUCCAAGUUCUAGUUCUUCAGCAAGGGAAUGGAACCAUGCAGUCAUGCCCCCUGCUGCUGCUCAUGGGAGGAAUUUUGCUCCUGAUGCAAGCUUCUUUUGUUAUGAUAUGAACCACUAUGAUAUGGUUACCGGCAAUAUCUCUACCUCUCUAGAGAUGGGGAAUUACCACAAUGAUUUCACCUCCAACAGAAGUUCCCUUCCUCAACAUUUGCCUAGCAAUUUGCAAUCUUCAAGGGGAGUCCGAAGUAGCUACAGUCAGAGAUCUUCCCCUACUUUCAGGACUUCUUCAAGCUAUUUGCGCCAUGGGCAUGUUGGUACUUCAGAUGACGCAUCGCAGUUGUUUCCUGAAGGUUACUCCUCAAGACAUUCACGUCCAUUGUCUACUCUAGGACUGCGCAGUAGUGAGCGAAAUGGGAGAACUAGGGUAUCUAGUGAUAGAUACAGAUCAUUGGCUGGUGAGGCAGGUUUCCGUGAGCAACUUGCAUCUGAGGGUGUUCUUAUUCCAGACCGCUCUACUUAUUACGGAUCCAGAAGCAUGUUUGAUCAGCAUAGGGACAUGAGACUUGACAUUGACGACAUGGGAUAUGAGGAACUUCUUGCACUGGGAGAAAGAAUUGGCCAUGUCAAUACUGGCCUGUCAGAGGAGCUGAUUUCAAAGUGUAUGACUGAGUCGAUUUAUUGUUCCUCAGACCAAAUUCACGAGGAAGGAAAUUGCGUUAUCUGUUUGGAAGAGUAUGUGAACAUGGACGAUGUUGGGACAUUGAAAUCGUGCAGCCAUGAUUUUCAUGUUGGGUGCAUAAGAAAAUGGCUGUCAAUGAAGAACGUGUGUCCAAUCUGCAAGAAAACUGCUUUGGAUGACGGCGAUAUGAAAGGAAAAUGAUCUAUUUAGUUAUGAUUUAUUGGUCAUAGAACUUAUGUAAAUAUGUAUUUAGAACAUUUCUCAAAUGAGGUAAGAACUAGUUAUCACCUCAAAAAUUUGUACAGAAAAUGUUUAUUUUCAUAUCAUCAGUUAUUUCUUCUUUCAAA